AUGGCCUACGUGGACACAGGCUCCAAGCCCGCUAUGUUACUCCAGACUUUUGUGGAACGACUACACUGUAAGGAGCGAUGGCCAAGCUAUCUUGAACCACCGAGUUACUGCCUACUUCCCGUACGCCCCCCCCCUAUCGCCACCUCUACCCUCUACGAAAUCAAGUCAGUAGACUUCUUUGUCUCUGACUGGCUUCCCCGUGACUGUGAGGUGCUCUUCGGGUUCGACCAUCUCCAAGAGAACCUCAUUGGAAUCUCCUGGGACCAGUCGACUUCCCCGCCGCAGUUACAGCUGGACCUUCCAUGGGUCAAGUACCCGGUCGGUUUCCUUAUUUCCCAGGCUCCGGAACAACUGGCCAAGAUCAACUUACCUCCCAUCUACGAACCACAGGAUGAGAAGAUACCGGACGAAUAUGACUUCCGGCACCUCGACCGCCCAGCGAAGAUCCUCAACAAGGGCCCUAGUGAGUUAUAG